AUGACAUGGUACCCGGAAAAGUAUUUGACUAAAGUACCCAUGACAAUCAUGGACAUGCGUCCAAACUCAGCAACGGGGUACCCAGGAAGAACCUACAGAUUCUACAAAGGACCUGUGGUGUUCCCAUUAGGACAUGGGUUAAGUUACUCGAGAUUCAGCCAGAGCUUAGCCAUUGCUCCAAAAGAGGUGUCAGUGUCAGUGCCCUUAGCCACUCUCCAAGCCUUGACAAACUCAACCCUUUCAAGCGAAGCAGUGAGGGUGAGCCACGCAAAUUGUGAUGAUACAUUGGAGAUGGAAUUCCACGUGGAAGUGAAAAACGAAGGCUCCAUGGAUGGCACCCACACCCUUCUUGUAUUCUCGAAACCACCACCUGGAAAAUGGUCUCAGAUCAAACAACUAGUGAACUUUCAGAAGACCCAUGUUCCUGCUGGGUCGAAGCAGCGUCUGAAGGUUGGUGUUCAUGUCUGCAAACAUUUGUCCGUCGUGGACCAGUUCGGCAUUCGAAGAAUCCCAUCUGGUGAGCAUGAACUCCACAUUGGUGAUCUCAAACAUUCUAUUUCUGUCCAAACCGUGCAACAAAUCAAGAACUGA